CAGUAAACAAGCGCAUUGCUGACGCGUUUGAAGCCUAUUUUGGAGCAUACUAUCUUGUAUGCGGGGAAUUACCUACUUGUAUAUAUCUAGAUAGCCUAAUGACCCCGCUACUAGACCUUAUACUUGAAG